GGAGGUGUCUGUGACCACUCCACCCUUGGUGGAGUGUCCCCCACCACUCCAUGCAUCAGUGUCCUGGAUGUGCAGUUGAGGCACACACUGGACAGCCCAGGUGGCUUUAACCUGCCAGUGGCAGGUCUAAAAAUGUUUUGGGACAAUCUUGCCUGAAUGCUUAAUCUGAUGCUGUGGCAGAGCGGACCAACACAGCCUUUUGAGACAGAGAAUGGGGAAAAAACAGAUUUAAUCACCAUGUCAAAGCAUUAGGGAGGCUUGUUGUGGGAUUCUAUAUCUUGAAAAGGAUUCAGGAAAAUCAGAGAGACUAUGUAGAGAAGAAAUGCAAAAAAUGGCUAGAGGGUGGGAGGAAAAGCCUGGCAGUAAGAGAAUUAAGCAACUCAGUAUAUUUAGCUUAUCAGAAAGAUGGAUGAGAGGGGGUUUGCUUGCAGCAUAUGUGUAGUGUCACAAAGAGAAAAUGCCAGGCUCUGAAAGGCUCUUUAAUCAAGCAGAAGGCAGAACAAAAUGGUAUGUCUGCAAGCUGAAGCCAGACACAGGGAUGUGGGCUGCUCUUCUGAACGUGAGGGUGAGGGACUCCUGAAACAGACCCAGAAAGGUGGGAGUCGCCAUUUGUCUUCAAAUCAAGCCUACCUCCUUUCUUGGAAAACACACGUGAACCAAGCGUAGCGUAUUGGAAUUAAUGCAAGGAGGUGAACUGCCGAACUGUGUGCUGGCCAGCUGCUCGCACAGCCGCGUGUCAGGCAGGGCUGCUGGAUCGUUUCAUCUAAGGAAGACCCUGGGAAGCCUGGUCCAGUUGGGCAGAGGGCUCAGGGAGCUGUUCAGGCAGGCUCUGGGUUUGCCUGCACCUGCAGCGGUCAUGUAGAAGAGCAGAUUUAAUGUGAAGAUGGGACUGUUGGUGUUUAUGCGUAACCUGCUGCUAGCCCUCUGCCUCUUUCUGGUACUGGGAUUUCUGUACUAUUCUGCUUGGAAGUUGCACCUUCUCAGAUGGGAAGAUUCAAAUUCAGUGGUUCUUUCCUUUGACUCCGUUGGACAUACAAUAGGCUCAGGAAGGAGAGAGAGAAAAACUGUGGCUAUUCUGCUUCCGCUGUCCAUCCCAUCUCACCUUGCUGCAGAACCAGGAAAAGACAGAGCCCAGAAAGAACCCACAGAAACAAUGGCAGCUCCAGGCCCAGCCAUUCCCAAGUAUGACAAACUGGGCUUUCUCCUGAACCUGGACUCAAAAUUGCCUCCAGAAUUGGCAUCAAAGUACGCAAAUUUCUCCGAGGGAGUGUGCAAGCCUGGUUAUGCAUCAGCGCUCAUGACUGUCAUCUUCCCAAAGUUCUCGAAGCCGGCACCAAUGUUCUUGGAUGAUUCCUUCAGGAAAUGGGCUCGUAUCAGGGACUUUGUACCCCCCUUUGGAAUUAAAGGACAAGAUAAUCUGAUCAAAGCCAUCCUGUCAGCAACCAAAGAUUACCGUCUAACUCCAGCUCUUGACAGUCUCAGCUGCCGGCGAUGUAUUAUUGUGGGAAAUGGUGGAGUACUUGCAAAUAAGUCAUUGGGGUUAAAAAUCGAUGACUAUGAUGUUGUUGUCAGGCUGAACUCUGCGCCAGUGAAGGGCUUUGAAAAAGAUGUGGGUGGCAAGACAACGCUCCGGAUCACAUAUCCUGAAGGUGCAAUCCAGAAAAUGGAGCAGUAUGAGAAGGAUUCCCUGUUUGUUCUGGCAGGAUUCAAAUGGCAGGAUUUCAAGUGGCUGAAAUACAUUGUUUACAAGGAGAAAGUGAGUGCCUCUGAUGGCUUUUGGAAGUCAGUGGCAACCCAUGUCCCAAGAGAACCUCAUGAGAUACGUAUCCUGAAUCCCUACUUCAUCCAGGAGGCAGCUUUCAGCUUCAUCGGACUGCCUUUCAACAAUGGCCUGAUGGGCAGAGGGAACAUCCCCACCUUGGGAAGCGUAGCAAUAACCAUGGCGCUCCACAACUGUGAUGAGGUGGCGGUAGCUGGGUUUGGCUAUGACAUGAGUUCACCCAAUGCACCGCUGCACUACUAUGAGAACAUCAAGAUGUCUGCCAUCAAAGAGUCCUGGACACACAACAUCCAGCGGGAGAAGGAGUUCCUGCGGAAGCUGGUGAAAGCCCGAGUCAUCACUGACCUAACCAGUGGGAUCUGAGUGGCUGCAGCCACUGCCUCCAAGGGAGGAGACGAAGAUGCACGCUGCAGCUCUGGGAGCAGGCACUGGCAGCCCCCUGUAAGAAUCCCACCUCACUGAAGACACACAAAGAUGCCCAAGUGCUCUGGGAAGACCCUCUCGCAUUGCCAGUCUGCAUGAGGGUUGCAUCUGCUGCCUCCAGGCCUAGAGCUGGCAGGAGGUGGGCAAGGGGUGGGCAGUUCUUGAACUCUGCAUCGCAGACUGAUCUUCUGUGUCCUGAAUUAAACAGGAGAGACUCAGGAGAGAGAAGAAAGGUUUGUGAAUAAAACUAUUUGUGCCAAAUGGGAGGCGAUGCUGCCCUGAGGCAGCCCUGCCUGAAUGUACAAAGUAUUAUUUUUUAAAAGAAACUCUGCUGGAAUCAUACUAGAAAUACCAAGGUGCAAGGCAAAGACUGCUUGUGCACAGCCCUGCGAAACACCCAGCCUCUUCAUGCUCCAUCUGCAUUGCCGCCGGCCUCAGACCUUUCCCCAGGAAAACAAAUCCAUCCAAAACUUUGGUGUCGUUGGUGCUGCUAUAAUUCGGAGGGAAAAUAAUGGCUUUCCCUCGUCCUCCACUUGGAGCUGCUGGAUGGAGAUGAGCAUGGGUUUGUUUUUCUGCACUUUUCCUUGCUUCCUGUAUAGAGGCGGCAGCAGCAGCCACUUACUUGGCUGCGUUUUCCAUAGCCAUUUGCUCUGCCUCUGCUCUGACCCCAAGGUGGAGUGGGGAGCCCAUGGCUUUCUCUGCCUGCCUCAGACCCUCCUCACCUUCCUGCCUGUCACGGCGCUGAGGAGCCUGCCUUGUUGUGCUCAAGGCUUUCAGGCCUCUUGGUUUAUGCCUGCUGUGCAGGGCCCCCAUGGAGUCGUACAGAUUGGUGUCACCAUUUCUGGACAGCAUCUUGCUUUAUUUUUGUGUGGGAGAGGAGUAAUUUAUUCUUUGGAAGGAGAUCAAAUCUUGCACGGAGAUCUACAGCUUUACAGCUUGAGAGCAGGCUGCUGAAGAAGUUCGGUUUACUUUCCAGACUUGAUCACGUUCCCUAUUUAAGUGAUGUGUGACCUCAGUGAUGAUGGAGCCUGCUGGGAACCCUCACCCUCUGCUUGGCCUCUGCUCACUUCAUUUCCAAGCUCCUGUGCUGAUCUAGCACUGCUGCUCCUCCUGCUCUCAGGAGCACAUCCCUUCCUUUGCCGUCUUGGUCCCGAGAUGCAGUAUUUGCACAUUUGAUUUGUACACUUAUUUCAGAGGAGCUGGAAUAAACUGAGCAACGUGGCCGAGCGCGAGGACAGCAGGGUGGUCUAAUCCAUGUGGAGAAGGUGGGCAGAAGGGGGAUUGCCAGGGGAAUGGUUACAGGUGGAAAUUGGCUCCUGUGCACUUCUAGUCUGGAGCUGAUUGGACUUGCACCCAUGGGCGUGAUCCUGAGCCAAGUCCCUGUGUGCCAAGGCACCAGUGUGCAGCCAGCCAGUGCUGGGUCAGUGGAGAGGGGAGCCCCAAGGAUGCUGGCCAGGCUUAUGGUCCUGGAGCUGCAUCUGACGUAGCCCAAGGAUUGCAGUCUGCCUUGCUCUGAGCCGAAGGGAGAACGUGAUGCUAACAUGGACAAGGGAUGCUCAGAGCAGGGCUCACAUGGUUCCCCUGGGCUGCUUCUGUUCCCACGGACUUGCAGGGGGCUGUGGCUCUGGGGCUGAGACCCCAGAGGGGAUCUGCAGGAGGAGCAGAGGAGCAAACUGCAUGGAAUGGUUUGAGACCGGGCUGCAGGCAGAGGCAGCUCUCAGGACAUGGCGCUGGGUGCUGGCUACAGACCAGCAUGGAUGUGCCCCUCAGGAGCCUCUCCUGCAUCCUGCUCCUGUAGCCAAGGAGCUUGCUCACGGGCAAGUCCUGUCCAGCUUCUGGUUGUGGCUGCUGCUUGCCUUGUAGUUUGGGAGCAGCUCAAAGAUCCUACCUCUUCCAGGCCAUGGAAGACAGAUGCUUCCUUCUCUUUCCCCUUCCCAUGUCCCUUCUCCUGUCCCUCUGGCCUCUCAGCCAGCUGAUCUCUGCUCCCCCUGUACAUGCCUCUUCCCAGGAUGCUCUUUGAGGUUUCCAGCAUUGAGAGCUGGAGUUUCCAGCAGGUUUUUGAGUAUAUGCUGUGGCAAAUACUCCUUUGAGUAUUUUCCCCCUGAUUUGAUUUUCCUGCUGAAGGAGCCCAAGGGACUGGAUUUCCAUGGCUCUUGCCAGGCAACACUCCCUUUGCAGUUCCUGAUGUUAGCCUGGAGCUGGGACCACUGUCCAUAGAGUCCCUGACAGAGGGUGCCUGGGAUGGACCUGGCCGAGGUUGUGGCUGGGGAAGGGUGGGCACCCACCCUCUGCCUUGGUGCUUGAACUGGGUCUUUAACAGCUGCUGUGGGAGCCUUGGGGCAGUGAUGGGCCACAUCCAUGUGCUACAGUGAGCUGAGAUGCCAGAGAGCUGGGGGAUCCAGCCAGCAGGAGGAGAGGAGCGAAGAGCCUUAAAGGCCUGUGGUGGGCUUCUCUCCACCCCCUGGGGAAAGCACCCCGUGGAGGUUUGUGAUGGCAAUGAUAUGAUUAUAUGUUUUAUUGAGCACUACAAAGCAAUGGGACACCCUUAUCUUCCAAAUCACUGGCUCCAGGCCCGUGGAGAGAGCAUGGCCCCUGCUCUGCUUUCCCUGGCAUCCCAGCUUCCCACUAUGGCCAGGGACAGGUCUUGAAGGGAAGCCGUCCCUGCAGACCAGGGAGGUGACUCCAAGCCCUUCCUUCCACCUUUGAGAGGGUCUCCAGGCAGAAGUGCCCAGACUGAACAGCUGAGUGCAUGGCCCAGGGUGGCUGUGGUGGGAAAGACAAGAGAGGAUGUGGGGUUGCUUGGGGGGCAAAAGCUCCCCUCUAACUCACUGUCCCCUUUCACAUUGGUGGGGCAAGCACCCCUGCGGAGCAGCCCUCUGUCUGGGUGACGGGGUGUGCACGCUGCAGCACCCCAGGAGCAGUGCUCAGUGCUGGGUUUCAUUCCUGGAUGCUGUUCCUUUGGCUGCCUCCCCGUGUGCACCUGCAGCCACCUCCCGCGCCCCAAAACGCGGCAGUCCUGCCAGCUCGGAGCGGUGCGCAGGUCAGAGCAGGGUCAGUGGGACGGAUGCGAGUCUUGGCCUCUCCCUCGCAGUGACUCACCUUUUCAGCUUGGAAGGGAGAGCCCAGGGGAAUUCUCCACAGCCUAAAUAUAGAGCAGGGUUGCCUGGUGCCUCUGACAUGCUGCGGUGCAGAAAGGCCACUCGGGUGGCAGGGAACCUGCCUGCAGAGAUGCUGGAGAAGUGCAGGGAGAUGAGGGAGCCAGCUCCCGCAGCAGGGUAUCACUCUGGCUGGUGCAGAGAGCAAGUGUGGCGAGUUGCAGGCCAGCCAACACAUGCUGCUUUGGGGGACAGGGUCUGCCAGAGAGCUGCUGCUGCCCUCACCAUACCAUGAGCAUGGGCUGCUCAUGCGUUUGUGUCCUACAGCCCUCCCCAGAGCCCACCACCUUGGAGUCGGGCUUCCUUCAUGCUUGUGGCCUCAAGCUCACAUGUGCCAAACGGAGGCACCAAGGCCAGGGAGCAGGAGGCAGUAGGGGAUCCUCUGCAGCCCAGCAUCCCUCAGCCCAGCAUCUGUGGGCUUCCAGAGUCUUGUUUUCCUGGGUGGGAGCUGCAAGGAGGCCCUGCCCUGCCAAGCUGCUUGGGAAAGGGGGAAGGUGUCGGGACAGGGCUGCCUGUCUGUACCAAACAGGGGCAGGCAGGCUGUGGUUGGGCAGCACCAGGGAUGGACAGGGGCUUCCAGACUGCCUGGCAGGGAGGUGGCCACCACGCUAUGCUCCACGAGCACGGUACGUGCCAUCAGUCCAAGCAAUGCAUCACACACAGUAUCAGAGACGUGUCCUUCGGUGCGGGUGACCCAGGCCACCACCCAGCCGCUCCGGGCACUGCUCCUUGUGCCCUGCAGAGGAACUUGCUCCAAAGCCGGUGCUGCACCAAGCUGAGAUGUGAGAACUCAAUGAGUUUUUAAAAUUAGGUUUAGUUCCUGUGAUUUUUUUUAAUUUCCCCUCUAGGCAGGGAGGGCAAGAGUUGUGUAGGCUCCUCCACGCCGGCUUAUAUCACAUCAAUUCAGUCAUAUCACAGAAGCAAUAAAGCUAUCAAACAAG